CGACGACGAGGUGCUGGAGCUGCCGCCGCCGCCGAUCAAGUGGAAGGACGCCAUCACCGCCAUGGUGGCGGCCGUGGGCAAGCAGGGCGAGUACGAGGACGGCGUGACGACCCCCAAGGCGCGGCUCUUCCUGCUGCCCACGGAGACCACGGGCAUCGCCGCCGAGGUGCGUCGCCGCUUCAACCUCUAUUGGACCCCUUGUUGAUCGAGGUCUAACCGUUCGUUGCUCGCUGAUCCGACAGCUCAACGCCCGCUCGCUGCGCUUCGGCGUCCGCGAGAACGACCGCUUCGUCGUGUGUCUCCAGGGCGAAGACUACCAGCAGCCCAGCGAGAGGCAAGCGUCUACAUCGAAUCCUGCGCCCGAGGCUGUUGCCACAACAACUGCUGCAGUCAAUGGAUCGUCGGCGAGGCCCAUGACGCUGUCUACUCCGAGCGCCAGCAACGCCCCACCGCAGCCUACCAUCUCACCUUACGCCAAUACCCAAAAUACAGCUCCGUCCAGCAGUGUUGCACCGUCGGGGGGCAUGGGUGGCCCUCCUAGAGGCGGACUGGGCGGCGGCGCCCCGUCGGGCAGCUUGAUGUCCAGCGGUAAGAAGGGGAACAAACGCUACCGCAGUAUCUCGGGCAAGAUGGCGGCGAUCAAGUCGCUCGGCGACAAGGGAAUCAUCUCCAACGAUGACCGAGGCCACCUGAAGGACCUGCUGCUCAACAGCGACUCGCCGCAGCUGCAAGAGGCGCUGGACAAAUACAACAACACGGGCGACUUCCAAGCCGUGAAGGACCUCCUGCUCAAGGAGAUGCAGAACCCGUCCUCGAAGCGCAACACUGGAGACUGGCUGUCGGAGAGUUUUGUGAACGAUAUCGCGCUCAACUUCAACACAACCCCGCCCGCUGCCAAGUCGGAGCCUAUUCCACUGCAGAACAUCAACAACUCGGGGCGCUUCAACACCGCCCCUGCAGCGUUGACCCCCUCGGCCAAUUCGUACGCGUACCAGACGAACAACCAGUCUACGCCGAUGAACGCUGUCAGCUACCCGCAGAGCUCUCCUAUGGCGAUGAACCAGUACUCGGUCUCUGCGAACAUGGUCACCCCAACAGGCGGCCACCUCUCAACCAGCAACGGAUACCCUACUUCAAUGCCUGUUUCGUCGGGCUACCAGCAACCGACGGUCAUGCAGCAGCAGUAUUCCCAGCCCCAAGUAUCACCAACCAACAACAUGUACGGCACCGCUGCUCCACAGAUCAACCUGCCGCUUCGGGACCGCGCAACCUACUUGAAGCGUGGAUUCGAGUCGUCUCCCGUCCACAACAUGAUGGGGAUGACGCAGCCUGCCGUUUCUCCGGCGGCAUCGGCACAAAUGGGCAUGAAUGGCUACGGGAUGCAGCAAGGGUAUGCGAUGAACCAAGGAUCCUACCCUGCUAACGUUAUCUACGCCGGAGAACAGACUCAGUACGCCAUGAACCCGUACAUGUCUGGUGCCAACGGUGUUUAUAACCCGUAUCAGCAGCAGCAGUACGCCAUGAAUAGGUACGCUUACGGCAGUAUGCAACCGGAUAUGGGCUACAAUUACUACGCUGCGGGCUAUGGAUAUGGUAAGGCCCAGCUCCGCGCCGGGCCUGGUGGUAAGUGGACGACCGCUCCGCCGAUGCCUUCGUACCCCCCGCCGUGCUCCAAGGAGGAGAAGAAGGAGAAAAUUGCCAAGUGGUUGAAGAAGCGCGAGAACCGCAACUGGUCCAACAAGCCGUCGUACCCCGUGCGGCACAGCAUUGCCAAAAACCGCAAGCGUGGGGAGGACGGUCGGUUUAUCACGAAGGCGCGUCUUGCAGAGAUGGCGGCGGAGGAGGCAGCGGCAGCAGCCGCGUCCGGGAACAGCGAUGAGCCCCAGAAGGCGUCUCCUACGGCGGCUACGACUGAGGAAGCGCCUGCCACGUUGGUGUCUGAAACUGCGAUCCCGCAAGCUACGCCUGUGCCGUGAGUUAUUUUACCGCGAUAGAUUAGUUUGUUGUACAACGUAGUUAUCCAUGCAGAAGUAUAUCCAACCUCCUGAGUUGAGCCCAAAUUUCAAGAAACGUGAUAGUAAACUUGGAAGUACACAAGUACCAGGGUUACAGCCUCACUCACAACGCGUCUAUUGAUUUUACGUCCACGACAACACGGAUGCUAAGGUAUUAAUUGCCCUUCUAUAAAGGAAGCACGGCGGGGCUUACUCCCACCGGCACAACAGGAUCCGGCGUCUUGUCGGUCGGGGUCUUCAUCCUCAUGUCGAUAAGCUUCUGGAGGCUGUGGAACUCGUUCUUGGAGCUGCAUACCAUUUGACCGUCCUCCCAGCUGUAGCGAUUCCAGUUGAGGAUUGAGACGGCCCACUGGUCGGUAACUUCUCGAGUUGACCCCGCGAAGGUGAUCGAUACCAACUUGUCUGCUUCCACAGGCUGCGGGGAGCCACGACGGCGCACGGACGGAGUUCGCGGUUGGGCAUCGACGCGGAACUGGUUGGGUAUCUGGCCGAUCUCGUCCGACGAAGGGAGCAGGAACACGUCGACCUUGGACCCCGAUAGAGCCACAGCCCCGAGCAACUCGCCACCCAUGCGCGAAAAGUACUGCAGCACGCCCUCGUCGAGGAUGCAGUAGACAAUACGGACAUCUUCGCCGUCUAUCUUGAGCAGGUAGCCCUCAACGUUGCCUCCGUAGCUCAUGCUGGCUGUAUCGAGUCCUGUAUCGAGAGGCUGAAGCGCGAGUGCAAGGCUGGAGCUGAACGUACUCGAGCGCGCAAAGAAGGAUGUGAGGGAGGGGUGCAGUGCAGGAGCAGGAGAGAACUAGAGGCAGAGUCAGUCAGCAUGAGCUCAAGAGGGAGAUGAAGGUGGUUGGGGGCAACCGCCAUGUGGUUCGAGGACGACAUCAGGGGCUGGGAAGCAUAAAUGACACCAAUACCCGAGCAGCAUGGCGCACUUCUUGUUGAAGUUGUUUGCACAGGCUCUCUUCGUACGCGAGCGCAGGCUGGUAAACCACUGACAUGGUAGUGCUGCCGUUACGUUAAAUAGUGUCGCUUCGGAGCAUACACUUGAGCAAAUUCCAAGGCGUCAGGAUGCCGCUCUCGAGGGUGAUUCGGCAGCGCGACUCGAAUCUGCCCGGCGACGGCCCGCCCCCGAGCGAGGUGCUGGACGCCAUGCGCUCGUACGCCGAGGGCCACCAGGUGCAGGAGAUGCUGCACAUUCUGCUGGCUCGGCUACUGGAGACCCAGCCGCUGGACCCGUUCGAGUUCCUCAUGCAGACUCUUCAGAAGGACGAGCAGCUGGACGCGCUGGAGAGGAAGGCGGCGCUGCACCGGUUCGACUUGCGGCGUGAAAAAACCAAGAAGCAGCUGGUGCUGCAGCUCUACAAGCGUCUGGUGGCGCUGCAGCGCAUGCAGCACAAGGACAAGCUCGAAGCGCAGGGCGCGCACCUUGCACGCGGGUUUCUGACCGCGCAACUUCGACUCGAUGAGACUCGAGCCCACAUGCAGACGCUCUUCCCCAGCCACUACCGCGACCUCAUCGCGUGGUUCCUCACGCACGAAGAAGAGCUGCCAGUCGCCGUCCCGGUCGAGCAGUUCACCAAGACCUGCAUGCAGGUUCUGAGCACGCAGGCGUCUGCAUAAGGAAAGGCUAGUGGCAGUGAACGGCAGUCUGCAUACACAUUCUUACUUCGUCAACAACGCAUGUUUUAGGAGGUUUUUUAGAAGGGUUCUACAUUCAGAGAUCUGAAAGAAUACAAACAAGCCCGGAUGCGAGGAGCUCCGUUAGUAGGCAUGGCGAAUGCGCCGCCCCUACGACGCGCACGCGCCGCCGACCAGGGCCCCCUGGACUGGCUGGUGCCUUUCAUCCCUCCAGUGCUGCGCGUGAACCGCGACACGCGCGCUCAGAUCCGCCGCAAGCUGGAGGAGCUGCUGUCGAAGGAGGCACUGCAGAACGCCGUGCUCGCGCUCCGCCCGCACUGGCGCUCGCUAGCCUUUUACUCGCUGGUGCUUGCAAUUUGGGUCAGGGGAUUGGUGUACAUCCACCAGAACGAGCCCGAGUUUGCCGUAGCGUACGUGAUUCUCUCGGGUUUCGCGGCGUUAUGCUACCACCUCCUUGUCGGAGGGGAAGAGCGCGCGAGCGGCAUGAGCGCAUACUCGGUCUUCAACCGCGGGGCUCAGCGGAUGCUGGGAUCACUCUCAGCUGAGCAGUUUGAGGUACGGAACAAACAGCUCGUGGGCCAGGAGUCCUGGCUUCAAUGGCGCCAGUUGUGGAGGGGCUAAUGAUAUGAUACGCCGCUUAUGUGCUGUGCUGUAGAACGAGAUUCGUCACCGACAGCCAGGGCACGAAGACGCUCCGAGUCCACGACGUGCUGGUCGAGCUCCUCACGACUUUGACGACCACGACGACCUCUACGAUGAAGAUGACCCGUAAGUUUGUGAAGAUACUUUUUUAGGUGUGACUGAUGGUACUUACUCUCAUCGUCCUUGUUGGCGUGAACAGAGAUUUGCUGGAAGCAUUGAAACUCUCGCUGCAGGAAAAGAAGCGCGAGGCACGCCGAGCUCGCCGCACGAGUCGUAGAAAAUAAGUGAACUCGUUAAGUACAAGCGGUUGC